AUGGGGUCAAGUCGUGCCCGCAAGAGCUCUGAGCCACCGGCCACGACGUCGCCGCACGAGACAACGCGAGCAGCAGAAGCAGAAGAGAUGUCGCUGCACGUGAACGAGAAGUACGCGCAGGCGUACGAGCAGCUCAAGCGCAAGGAGGAGCUCUCGGCGCUCGAGCAGCGCGGCCUUAAUGUUGGUAGCGACGAGGACGAGUCCGACUCGGAGACGGAAGACGAAGACGGGGAGGAGCUCACGAAGCAGUUGGACGCCGACAUUGACCAGACGCUUGCGCUCAUUCGGAGAAAGGAUCCGGUCAUUUACGACUCGUCGAUUGCGUUUUUCAAGCAGCAGUCAGACCGCAACGAGGAGAGAGGUGCUGGACGCAGCAGUACGAAGGACCGCUCUGGUCCAUUGCACUAUAAAGAUCUGGUGCGGCAGCAAGUGAUUGCUGGCGACGUUAGUGGCAGCGAAGAGGAGGAGGAGGAAGAAGAGACAGAACGUGUGCACACGUAUGCAGAAGAGCAGGCAGCAAUCAAGAAUGCUUUUCUGUCGUCGUUGAAGAAAGAGGACGAUAGCGAGGCAAGUGAAGCGAGCGACGACGAGGAGCGAGACGGUCUGGAUGGCGGACUGUUUACAGUGAGGAAGAAGAGUACAGGCGCACUGGAUGUAGAGAAAGAAGACUAUGAAGAGAGCUCGUUUCGAGCAAAGUUGCAGAAAGACGAGAUGGAUCCUGAGAAGUUCUUGGAGCAUUACUUGAGCAGCGAGGGCUGGAAGGACAAGACGGCCGUGGUUCCCCAUUACGACGACAUUGUCAGAGAAGAUGAAGAGGACGCCGAGGCGCUGGAGAAAGCGGAAGAGUUUGAGCACACGUACAACUUUCGUUUUGAGGAGCAAGGAAGUAGCGUGAUCCAGACGCACGCGCGUCGUAUUGAUGACACGGUACGUCGCGAGGACGAUUCGCGGAAGCGAAGACGUGCCGAGCGAAAGGCACGUAAAGCACAAGAACGGCAAAAGAAGGAGCUCGAGCUGCGUCGACUGAAGAAUCUCAAGCAAGCUGAGAUUGAGCAGAAGCUGAAAAAGGUUGCCCGACUCAUGGGUAAGGAUGAGGGCUCGGUAGGCCUAAAGGCAGAGGAUUUGGAGGGCGAUUUUGACCCAGACGAGCAUGACAAGCGCAUGCAGGCGGUCUUUGACGAGCAGUACUACGAUGAGGACAGCGUUGAUAUGGAAAAGCCUACGUGGGACGAAGACGAGGACAAGGAAUUGCUUGCUGGUCUGCCUAAGAUGACGUUGGAGGAGAUGCGGCGUAAGAAGCAGGAGUAUCUCAACGAGCUGUACAGUUUGGACUACGAAGACCUGAUUGGCGACCUCAAGUGCCGCUUCAAGUAUCGCCGGGUCCGGAGCAACGAUUUUGGUCUCACUGCGGACGAGAUAAUGGCUGCUGACGACAAAGAGCUUCAGCAACUUGUGUCUCUCAAGCGCAUGGCACCGUACGCCGACUAUGAGUACUCUGUCGACCGUAAGCUGCUCAAGCACCUCAAGAAGAGUGUCCGGGAAGCUCGCGAAGAGAACCGUCGACGCAAGCCGAAAGAAGAGACAGCAGAUAAGAGCAAGGAGCAGAGUGGCGAGAUCAAGCAGCUGAAGAAGCGAAAACGCAACAAAUCGAAGAAAGUCAUGGAGCAAGUGGCGAUAUCAGGAGAUGACGUAGCAACAGUGGACGAGGAGUCAGCACCGAAGAGCAAGAAAGCAAAGACGGACACUUCUGAGUCAGUGGCGGCGAAGACUGCCGACGGAUCUAAAACGAAGAAGAAGCGCCGGAAUAAAAAGAAGACGAGCGGUGAAACGAAUGCGUUUGCAUCUACGGGUCUCCCGUCUUCUCGACUCGAGUCGUAUAAGCUGGUGAAGGCGGCCAAAAGGUAG